GAUUCAUUAGGCUUGAUCAGCAUUGUUAUAUAUGUGAACCGAAGUUACAAUUGAAAUGUUUAUGUUUUUCAGUUUUUAAUUCUCCUCAAAUGUACCUCCUUGUUCUUGUUUAUCCUUUAUCAUGUCCAUUUGUGGCAUAAAGAGGUAGUUUCAAGUUAUAGGUAACAGUUUGGCAUUUGUAAAUGCUGCCGGUGUAUAAGCUGUUGGAAUUUUGGUUAGAAGUCCUCUGAUGUGGCCAAUGUUUUCUGGUGAAUUUUAACUUUUUUAUGCCUCCCAACUAGUGCUCUAUUCACACACCAAAAAUAGUGUAUUGUUAAUUUAUAUUGUAAGAGAAUCUCCUUUGGUUGGUUAAAUUGGAUAAUUGCAUCCCACAAUCAACUCUCCAGUUCCCAUUCCACCCUCUUGAAUAACCUAUAGCCAGCCUUUUAAUUACUGUGCUUUGAAUGACCGGAGGGGAAGAGAACAAAAUUCAGUGUGCUUUUUAAAGGAUAUUAAGAAGAAAGAGGACCCUAUGGUGUUAUGGCCUCCGAGAGGGAAGAUUUUAGCCUCUCAGGACCCUUACACCUAACUGCUGUUGAUUGGACAAAUGCACAUCAUCGAAGGUCUAUUGCUGCCAGUUUAGUUCAGGGUGUCUACAUUCUAGAGCGGGACCGCCAGCUGAAACGUCAAGGUCCGGAAGCUCUUGCUAAUCCUUGGUGGGAGUUCUUUCAUUUUCAGCUGCUUCGUAAGCUUGUGGAUGAUGUUGAUUCCUCCAUUUUUGGUGCCAUAUAUGAAUUUAAACCUCCAACCACUCCAUAUAAUUAUUCUCUAGAUCAAAGUCCACGUUAUGUAAUUGCUUUCCGAGGCACUGUAACCAAGCCAGAUUCCUUGUCACGGGACCUUGAGUUGGACCUUCACAUCAUCCGAAAUGGGCUGCAUGAAACAUCUCGCUUUGAAAUUGCUAUGCAAGCAGUUAGAAAUGUGGUUGCUACCGUAGGCGAAUCAAAUGUGUGGUUAGCAGGCCAUUCCCUAGGGGCAGCAAUGGCCUUACUUGCUGGAAAGACCAUGGCCAAGACAAGCAUCUUUAUUCAAGCUUUUCUAUUCAAUUCACCCUUCUUUUCUGCCCCAAUUGAGAGAAUUAAAGAUAAGCGGGUGAAACAUGGGUUACGGAUCGCAAGCAGUGUGAUAACAGCAGGACUUGCGAUUGCAGCAACUGCAAAGAAGAACUAUCAGAAUCGCCAAGCUGUAAAUCUAUUUAACCAACAAAAUCAUGGGUCUGUAGAUCCAUUUAUUGCUGUGUCUGCAUGGAGACCUUCUCUAUUUGUGAAUCUGGGUGAUCAUAUAUGCUCAGAGUAUGUAGGUUAUUUUGAACAUAGGAAGAAGAUGGAUGACAUUGGGAUUGGAGCUAUCGAGAGGCUCGCAACCCAGAAUUCAAUCAGCGGUCUUAUCAUGAGUGCAAUGGGUAAGCAGUCCGAGUCCGAGCCGCUCCACCUGCUUCCUUCAGCAAAUCUGACAGUUAAUUUAACUCCAUCUCAAGAUUUUAAGGAAGCCCAUGGAAUUCACCAGUGGUGGAGACCUGAUUUGGAUGUUCAAUCCAAGCUUUACAAGUAUUAAUGCCCAGAAUUGUUCUUCUUUUCUUCUUUUCUCCUGCCCUUUUCCUCUGUUGUAAAAUGCACAUAUUCUUGUUGAACAUUUCUUCCCAUUGUGAGUUUUCUUGACAACCAUUAGAGUAAAAAUCCAGUUUGGAUUUGCUUU